AGAGAGAGAGGGAGCGAGACGGCGUGCAAAAUGUGCAGAGCCAUAAAGACAAUUGACAUUUACAUCAAAUGAAAGGCAAAGAGCAAAUAGCAAAAAGUACAAAAACACACACAAAAAAUACAACAACAGCAAAACAUAAUAAAUAAAUAAACAAUGUAACUGUGCUGUGUUGAAAUGAGUUGAAAUUUCAAAUCAACAGCGAAAAGAGAGUGAAAAAGUGGUGCAUUGUUCAAAUCAACACAUCUGUGACAACAAUAACAACAACAACAAUUAUAAUAACGCGACAAGUACAACAACAAAAAUAAACAACAACAACAAUAACAUGCGGCAUUUAAUCAUGACCCCAACAUCGUUGUCGAUGUCAACGCCAACGCUCUCGUCGCUGCAUCAUCAGCGAAUGUCGCUGCAGUCGCAGUCGCAGCUGCAGCUGCAGUUGGCGUUGCAGUCGCAGUCGCAGUCGCCGUCACCAUUAACGCCACAUUCGGCAUCGCCAUCAUCAUUUUUUCGGUGCCUCCUCCUCCUCAGUUCCCCGAAAUUUCCAGCUAACUACGAGCGAAGCGAAAAAAUUAAACUCAAAAGAGUCUUGGGUCUCACUGUCUGCAGCAAUGCCGCGCUGGAUGUGUCGCCCAUCAGUGGAUUGCUCGCCUAUCCGGCCGGCUGCACUGUGGUCCUGUUCAAUGCCAAACGCCAGACGCAGGCGUAUCUGGUGAAUACCUCCCGCAAAGCAUUCACAUCGGUUGCCUUCUCGCGCUGCGGCCGCUUCGUGGCCACCGGCGAAUGUGGCAUCAAUCCUGCCAUCAAAGUCUGGGAACUAGAGACGCCCAAUGGCAAUCUGGAGCAAUGCAGCGGCGGCAGCGUCGUCGCCGAGUUUGUCGAUCACAAAUAUGCAGUCACCUGCGUGGCCUUCUCGCCAACGGGAAAAUAUCUCGUGUCAGUUGGCUCGCAGCAUGACAUGAUUGUGAAUGUGUUUGACUGGCGGGCGAAUCUGAAGAUGGCCUCCAACAAGAUUAGCUCCAAGGUGGCAGCCGUUUGCUUCGCCGAGGAUGGCAGCUACUUUGUCACCGUGGGCAAUCGCCAUGUCAAAUACUGGUACUUGGAGGGCGGACGAAAGUACAAAGAUCCCAUUCCUUUGAUGGGUCGCAGCGCCAUUUUGGGCGAUCUGCGUGAUAACGAUUUCUGUGCCGUUGCCUGCGGCAAGGGAAUCUGCUCGGAGAGCACGUAUGCCAUCACCCGGCAGGGUCAUCUCGUCGAGUUCAGCUCGAGGCGUUUACUCGACAAGUGGGUGCUGUGCCGCACCAGCAACGCCAACUGCAUUUGCGUCAACGAACGCUUCAUACUUGUGGGCUGCGCCGAGUCCAUCAUACGCAUCUUCAAUGCCGCCACACUGGAGUAUGUAACAACGUUGCCACGGACGCAUUACCUCGGCGUGGAUGUUGCACAGGGCAUACAGAUCAAUCACAUUAUGUCCGUGCCACAGCAGGCUAAGUUCCCCGACUGCAUUGCCAUGGUCUUUGACGAGCAGCGAUCGAAGGUGAGCUGCGUCUACAACGAUCACUCGUUGUACAUUUGGGAUCUGCGUGACAUUUCACGAGUGGGCAAAUCGCAUUCAUUCCUUUACCACUCUACGUGCAUCUGGGGCGUGGAGACUGUGCCAUAUAAUCUGGAGCGUGAGCCCUCGCAGACGCUGCCCGAGGAUUGUUUUGUCACCUGCUCCUCGGAUGACACGAUACGUGUCUGGGGACUGGAUAGUUGUGCCAACAAUGAGAUAUAUCGCAAGAAUAUCUACUCCAAGGAGCUGCUCAAAAUCAUCUACAGUGAUGACGAGUUGCAGUACAUCAAGGAUCAGGGCUCAUCGCUCUUUGACAAGGCAGGCAACUCGAGCUACGAUGGUCGCAACGGUGUGCGCUGCAUUAAGAUCAGUCCGGAGCUGCAGCAUCUGGCCAGUGGCGAUCGUUGUGGCAACAUACGCGUCUACAGUCUCCAGAAUCUCAAGCUGCUCACGAUCAUCGAGGCGCACGAAUCGGAGGUGCUCUGUCUGGAGUAUUCCAAUGAUAAGAUUGAACGCAAAUUACUGGCUAGCGCCAGUCGCGAUCGUCUUAUUCAUGUGUUUGAUGUGUCACAGAAUUAUUUGCUGCUGCAGACUCUCGAUGAUCACAGUUCGUCGAUCACAUCGAUUAAGUUCGUGGGCGCUGGCUUGAAUUUCCAGAUGAUCAGCUGUGGCGCCGACAAGUCCAUCAUGUUCCGCAGCUUCCAGGGCAACAUCUUUAUGCGCGGCACAAAUACGUCCGGCAAAACGACACUCUACGAUAUGGAAGUUGACUCAAAUGCCAAACACAUUCUGACCGCCUGCCAGGAUCGCAACGUGCGCGUCUAUGGCACCCAGAAUGCCAAGCAAACGAAGACCUUUAAAGGCUCGCACUCCGAUGAGGGCAGCCUCAUCAAGCUCAGCCUUGAUCCGAGUGGCAUUUAUGUGGCCACCUCGUGCACAGACAAAACGCUUGCAGUCUACGAUUACUACUCCAGCGAAUGCAUGGCCCGCAUGUACGGACACAGUGAGCUGGUGACGGGUCUGAAGUUCACCAACGAUUGCAGACAUUUGAUAUCGGCCAGCGGAGAUGGCUGCAUCUUUAUCUGGCAGGUGCCACACGACAUGAUUGUCACCAUGCAGGCGCGCAUGUCGCAGCAGCGCUUGCGUUCGGGACAUGCGCCAUUGCAGCGUCCUCUGGCGCCCAUUUCGCCACCGGAUGCCAUUGUGCUGGAGUCGCCGACCAGCGAGUUGGAGCAUCAACAGCAUGCGCCCAAGUUUGCGGUGCCCCAUGCAGAGCCCAAUCGAAAUGCCUAUCAGCUCUCGGAUGUCGGCCAGCUGCCGCAGUGGGCAAUGCGCAAGACAGCCACGGAUUCAGACAGCGGCGCCUUGUCCAUACCCACGCCUGUGGUGAGUGGAGGCGCGGCGCCAUUGCAUGCUGCCUCCUCAAUGGGUAAUCUGAGCUCCUCGCCUAGCCAACAGUUGGGCGUUGCUCCCAGAGCACGAGGCCGCUGGGCUCAGCGCAGCAGUCAAUUGGACACUGAGGAUCAGCGCUCCAACUCGGAGAGCCCGCUGGGCACAGUGUCCUCCGUGGGCGGACACAGUGCGCACAAUGUGCAGACCUCGGACUAUAACAGCGCUUCCUCCAAGGACAUUAUGUACAAUCAGACCUAUCUAAGUGAGGACUCUUCCAUUGACUCGGGCAUGGAGACGCGCCGUGAACUCAAGUUCAUUGGCAGCAGUAACAACGGCACCAUUCCCAUUCCCGCCAGCGUCACGAGUGCCAACAAUGGCAACUUGGGCGUGCCACAGCAACAGCGUCUGCUGCCGGACAAACGCAAGCCGGGCAUGCGCUUCGAUACGCACAGUCACGAUCACGAUGGCGACAUCGAGGACAUCUCCGAUGGCGAGCGAACUAGCUCAGAACACGGCAUGUUCUACAACAAUCUGGCGCCCAGUACGCCCACUGACUUCAAGGUGACCGCCAUGAACGAGGACGAGUUGCGCAAGUCGGUGCGCCGGCAGAAAUUCGAGAAAUCUGGACUUCAGCUGCCGCCCGCCAGCGGCAAUGGCAGCACCCACACAGCCAGCACGGGCACAGGCACCGGAACUUCGGAUACCGAGGACGAGGGCUCCACUCCAAGUGCGGAGAAUGCAGAGCGUUCCUUGGCCUCAACGCUGGGCGGCAGUUCGGAGAAUUUGCAGCAGGGUCGCGACAGUUUUCUACAUGCGGCGCUGCCCGAAGGACCUGGGCUGUUAUUGGAACGCGGUGCCACCAGUCGUCGCAGCAUCAGCGCCAAGCACAACACGGAGAAUGGCAAGGGAGGCGUUGCGGCGCCGCCAACCAUCACCAAGUCAUACACGAGUACCAAGAAGGAGGAGCUGUUGCAGGUCAUCAACAAGGUCAAACAGCAGCUAGAGAAUGGCACGCGCAAAAAUGGCAUUAAAAAGUUGAAUGCCAUAGCUGAGGUCGGCCAUAGACCCCUGCGAGGCAGCCACAGCAUCUCGGAUCUGAGUCUGGCGGCCAAUUUGGAUGGCUCUCGCAGUGCUGGAGCAUCGCGCUACUCGAAGCCAGUUCCUUCCCACGAACCUUCACAGUAUCACAGUAUUAGAGCUAACCCAACACAGCCAUCGCAGCAGUCGCCUCAACUCCCUCAGCAGCCAACUGCUCCUCCUCCGCAGCAGCAGCAGGAAUUGGCACCUCAAUACUUUAACUGUGCGGCACCCAAGUCAAAGCUGCAACAGAAUUUCCAAACAAUGCGGCAGGUGCAACAGCACUAUCCGCCCUAUCCACACCAUGUGGGCGUGCAUCAGAUACAUCCGCCUCCUGGCGUGCCCUUUGCCACCAGCAAUGCCCCCUCGUCGCGCCCCUACUCGGCACAAACGGCCCCCAGACUAGGCGCCGCUGCCAAGCGUAAUCCGGCUGGCAACAAUCGACGCACGCCAAGCAUACUCAAGCACUACAAAUCCUGCCCGGUGUCGCCGGUGCACGAGGAAGUGGAAUGGUCGGCGGAACAGGAUCAUCAUCAUCGUGUGGUGCCCGUGGAGCCGAAGCGUCAUUCCGUCUAUGCGGAUGAUGCACGUACCAUACUGGAUAUGAUACAUGCCGACACCGAGAAGAUGAUCGAUGAGAUCACACGCAAGUAUGGCGAUCUCGAUGAUCUGCCCAUGCAGAUGCCAGCACUGCCCAACUCCUGCUCCAUGCCAGCGAAUCUGCGUGGCCUAGGCUCCACGGGCGAUUCGACGCCCACAGCCUCGACGCCGCCACGUGGACGCACUCAGUACACGACGCAGUAUGUGUAUCGCGAGAUCUAUCAGUGUGAGCGCAAAGUCUCGCUGUCGGACAUCCUCAAGCCGGAGCAGUUUGCGGCCACCCAACAGCGGCUGGAGGAGGCACGCUUCCUGGAGACACAACGCCACUCGAGCGCCAGCUUCUUCCUGAGUAGCGCUGGCCAGUUGCCGCAUGAGCUCAGCCAAGAGUCGCUGCUCUCGGAUGGCGGCAGCUAUUGCAACAGCCUGGAGAGUGUGCUCUCUGACGAAAGCGACUGCAAGAGUGCACCGCUUGAGCCGCCGCAGCGUCCGAUACAGGCGAUGCAAUGCCAUGCGGGCAUACGGAACUUUAUACUCCAUGGACCCGUCUCCAAGUCAUACGGCAACAGCCCCAACGCGUAUGGCAGCUUUGAUUACUAUAUGCGCCAGCAGGCGGCUGCAACAGCGGCCACCUACGACAGCUUUGAUGUCACAGGCUACAAUCUAAACCCUCUUAAACCGCUGCCCAACUCCAAGACGUAUCCACGUCUCGCUCAGGCGCCGACCACUGUGGAGCAUAUUCCCACAAUGCGUUCGAAGAACAAGCAAUACAAUUCGGGCGUAAACAAGAGUCUCAGCACAGACUUUGCCCAGCAGCGGCAGCAACGCAAUUCAAAUCCACUUGCGCAGAAUCAAACACGAUCCUCGAAUGGCGAGCCACUGUUUGUGCGCAAGCCACUCAAGCCAAAGCCUCCCAUUCCAGCCAAGCCGCAGAAUCUUGUGUCGACGCUCAGCAGCGUGGAGAAGAACCAACAGCAGCCAGUAUCCAGUUCACGAACUGCCAGCGUUGUGCGUCAAUUCGAGCACAAUCUGCAGAAGUUUGAACGCGAGAAGCAACGUUCUCAGCAGCGAUCCACGCCAGCGAUGAGGAGUUCGGUAAGCAGCGGCGCCCUGGCCACACACAGUUGCCUGAAGAAGGUAUCGCGAUUUGAUACCAGCGAGAGCGGCCGUCGAGCAACGAGUGUCCGUCAGAAGACGCGUCCCAAGAUCAGCGUGCGCUUCAAUACGGUCUCGCAGAUUAAGUAUACGCCCAGUGCGAAGCGCAACGCUUGCAACAGCAACGAACAAGAGACUGAAAUGGAGCUGGAUACUGCUGCAGUGGUGGGUAGUCUGCCCAGUGAUUAUGGUGGCGAGCGCAGCUUUGAAAUGUACUUUGCCGAGAAUGGCAAUGCACCCGAGAAUCUGGAGCAUAUGCAGAGCCUUAAGCUUUACACAAAGCCACAGCUGCAGGCUGUGGUGGAUGAGAUACAACAGGAGCGGCAGCAGGAGCGAGCCAAGCACAAGAAGAACAUGGACAAUGCGGAGCGAUCGAGUUCGACGAGCCAUCAGUGUCAGAAUAUUGCGGCCAAGAUUGAUAUUAUCGAGAAACUGAUUGCCAUGGAGGAGCGAAAAAUGGAGCAGAUUCGUUUGGCAACUGAAACGCGAUUGCGUCCAUUUGCCUGCAACUCCAAGCAGAAGGGUUAUGUCAAGAGUCUGACCAUGAACUUUGAUAUGUUGGCACGUUCGCAUGAUCCUCCCGACGACGAGCAACAGCAGCAGCAAUCCGGGCUGGAGCCUGGUCCAGAUGCGGAUCUGUGUGCUUAUGCGAGGCACAUUAGACGCAACUGCAGUCUGCCCGAUGUGCUCGAGAGUGCUGAUGGCUUUGGCUACGGCAACGAUGUAGAGCUGGCCAGAGAAGUGAUAGCCGACGAUGACGAUCAGGAUGAUGAUCGCAAUGAUCUUGACGAUGACAAGCAUCAGCUAGAGGACAUGGAAGGUAAUCCUAAAAUGCUCAAUCCCAUGCCCAUCGAGGAGUCGUCGUCAUCGAUUCGUCGCGCUUGCUCCUUGAGCGAUCUGCACAUGGGCAACUUUGGCAAGCCCAGCAAGUCAAAUGGCAGCUCACAGAAGGCAGCGACGCCGCAUCGCAAUGGCAACAUUAAUCGCUCAACCAGCAAACGCAACAGCCUGCAAGGCAAGUCCGGUCUGGGAGCCUCCAGCAAUUCCAUGAAUGUGCUAAAUCAGGCGAGCGACUCGGAACAAGAGGACAGCAAUCGUCUGCGCAGCGCAGCCAAUGGUCAGAAUCGCAACAAUGGUCCCAUUGCAGCCAAUCGACAGUACGGCAACAAGAGCAACAACACCAACAGCAAUCGACGCAAGAUGCCUAAUUUUAAUGGUGGCACAAAUCUGCAAGAUGACUCCAGCUCCGAGGAGACGCCCAACAAUGUGGCCAGCAAUAAGCCUGUGGUGCCGCCUCGGCCACGCAACCUCGGCUUCGAUCAUAAGACUAAACUCAUUGUCAACAGCCCGGGCAAUGUGGCCAAGCAGCGAGUCGCUGGAGCAGAGGACUAUGAUGGGGAAGAUCCUGAGGCCCAAGUACACAAUGUGAUCAAUAAGCUUUACACGACUACGCAGGCGGCAAUGAAGCUGCACGCGAAUCUGAAGAACUCGCUGCUGCUAAAAGAGCUGGAGAAUGCGGUGAUUAUGUCCCACAACAUGUUAGGCAAUAUCACUUACAACAGACAAAACGAAAGAUUGCUCUCGAAUCAAGGCAGCAAUCAUGCUGGCAGCGGAGGAAUACAAGGAGGAGGAGGUGACAAUGGAGGGGGAAUCAAUCAUGAACAGGAUAAUGGCGACUAUCUGAUGAUGGUCAAUAAUUGUGCCGAUCUAUUGAGUAAUUUACGCACCAAGAACAAACCCGAUGACUGUGAGAAUAACUCCUAGUGUGUAGCGCAUAGAAUAGGUUAACUGACAACAAGAACACAACAAAUACAACCACAACAACAACACAAUGGGCUAAAACAAACUAAUAUUUAUUAAAAAACGAAAUCCAAUCAGCUAACAAAGAGACAGAGAGAGAUAAAUAAAUGCACCAACUAAUUUGCAAUUACGUAAAACGCAUACGCAUUAACGGCUAUUGUAAAGUUUAUUCAUUAUGAUCAUAUUAUAAUUACUAUACACAUAUACAUAUUAUAUAUCGUUUAAGUCGAAGUCUUGUAGUUCUUAAGUUUCUCGAGAGAGUGUGUACGCGUGCAUUUUGUGUUUGAUUUUGGCCUUAAUUUGUAGGUAAAUCACUUUUGUAUAGCCUGAAUUCAAUUCGUAGCGUGUCAAGUUGAAUUAAGUAAUCAUUAUUUUUGUAUAUGUUAAGUGUUAUUUGAGUUUAAGCCAAGAUGAAUGAGACGAGUCGAAAGUCGCGUCACGUCGAGUCGAAAGCCGGGCAUGACAGAAUCGUAUAAGAGAAUCGUUAUAUAUAUUUUCCCAUUUUUUUUUUCUUGUUUGUCGCUAUUUUUGCUAUUAGCUUUCAUUUUUUGGCCAAAUGCAAAUGAUUAUUGAUGGAAAUUUUGUGUCAAAAUUGCGUAUUCCAAUUUAUAAAAUAUCCUCCCACACGUAUCUAUGAAUACCUUUGUAUGGCGCUUAUUUACUCAAAACACACACAGAGAUAUAUAUGAUGAUCCCCAUGAUGGUGAGACAGAUAUUUAAUUAAUCUUUGAAAGCAAAAUACGAUUUCCAUAAUUAUACAAUUUUUGAAUAGCACUACGAGUAUGUUCUGUAAUUUAGUAGUUAAUUAUUUGAUUGUAUUUACAACAAUUUCUAAAACUAAACACCCCUAUUUAAAAUGUAUUAAACUUUAAAUAUAUGCUCUUAUAUAAUUUACAACUAAAUCAAAUGUAUUAAAACAAAUUAACCACAAAGAAAGAAAAAGAUUGAAAACAAACAAAAAAAAGAAAA